GAGAGGUCGGGCCGGGGAGGCAGGGCUGCCCCCGAUGGCGCCGCGGGCAGAGCUCCUUCCUCGCGGGCACGACGGCGGCCAGCGGGUGCGCGCCCUUGAGCUCCGGCCAUGGCCCCGCCCUCGACGGCGGCAGAGCUCGGCGCUGCUCGCCGGCCCUCCUCCCUUCUUCCUCCCUCCCUCGUUCUCCCGCGACUCGGAGGGGAGGGCCGGCCUCCCCCGCUCCGUGCCAUGGCGGCCGCGGGCGCGUGCCACCCCCUCCCCUCCUCCCCUGAGCUCGGAGCGCCGCCGCCGGCCGAAUCCGCGCCCUCCUCCUCAUGGCCGGCGAGCCCCUCCAUGGCGACGGCGGCAGGAUCCCGGCAGACCCCUCCCUCCUCCCUCGCCGUGCUCGCCGCGAGUAGAGCCGGGGAGCAGAGCCGCGGGCCGCCGCGAGCCGAGCCGGGGAGCAGGGCGGGAGGCCGGGGCGCCGGCGAGGAGCCGCCGCGCUCCGCCCGCUCCUCCAUCCCGCUGCGGAGAUGGCUCGCCGGGGCGCCUCCGCCUCGCCAUGCCCGUGGUCGCGCCUCCGCCUCGCCAUGGGGGCGGGACUCCUGCUUCGGCGUCCAUGGCGGCCAAGGCGGAGCAACGAUUAGGAAUGGACGCGGGAAGGAUGAGUGGGGCCGCGCUCGGCAGGCUUACCGUCUUCGCCGUACCGCACUGGUUGUCGCGGACUGGCGUCGCCUCGCUAUUUUAGCGCGUGGCUUAGCGCACGCCGCUGCGGUGAUUUUUACUCCAAAAGCGAAUUGGA